AUGGACAUAUAUGGCGAUCGGAAAGAUGUUGCGUCGAUUUCAAAAGAUGCUCUGUCACUGUUGGAAAAUGGAUUUGCAACGGAACUUCCCAAGCACUUCCAUUGGAUCCGUGUGGGUUCUCGCUCCGUUGAGUUGGGCUGGGAUGUUGGCCCCUUGAGUUAUCUCAAAGCAGACGAAAUGAAGCUAACAGCGAACUACUAUUCAGAAUCUGUCACCUACGUGUAUAAAUCUGUCCCCUUCUCAGAUGGAAAACUUACCCUUGAUGGACUGAAACCCAGCACCUUCUACGAAAUGGUUUUGGAAGUUCUUAAGCACGAUAAG